CCCCCCUGCAUUCACCUUCGUCCCUUAGUCACCGCUCUCGUUCCCUCUCGCUUUCGUCCUUCCCCCCCUCUCUCUUUCUCGUUCUCAUUCUCCCUCUCCCCCUUAUUAAAUCUCGACCCCUUCCCCCGUCUUGGUACACGCGACGCUGUCACCGCAACGAACGAACAUACGUACGCCGAGGAGGUGCACGCAUAUCGAUCUUCGAUCGAGCGUUUCUCUCGGGGCCGCUUCGAGGAGAGACGCGUUCGCGGCUCUCCCGGUUUUUCCUUUCUCUCUCUCUCUUCUGUUUCUCUUUCUUUCUCUCUCUCUCGCGCGCGCGCUUUGUCUCUGUCCAGCCGCUGAAUCUCUUUCCCGUUGUAACGGGGCGAGCGUUGUAACAAAGUCGUGUGACAUCAAGCUUUUGGCGUUUUGAAGGAACGUGAGACACGCGCGCACGCACGCACACACACACACACGGAGCGAACAGGAUGAACGACAUGGAGGCCUACGGGGACGGAUACAUGGCACCGGAGGAGGAAUGGGAGAGGGAGGGUCUGUUGGACCCCGCCUGGGAGAAGCAGCAGAAAAAGACAUUCACAGCUUGGUGCAACUCGCAUCUACGCAAAGCAGGCACUGCCAUCGAAUCGAUCGAAGACGACUUCAGGAAUGGGUUGAAACUGAUGUUGCUGCUCGAGGUGAUCUCAGGGGAGACCCUUCCGAGGCCCGACAGAGGCAAGAUGAGGUUCCACAAGAUCGCCAACGUGAACAAGGCCCUCGAUUAUAUCGCCAGUAAGGGCGUCAAGCUGGUUUCAAUUGGCGCAGAAGAAAUCGUUGACGGCAAUCUAAAGAUGACCCUGGGAAUGAUAUGGACCAUUAUCUUGAGAUUCGCGAUCCAGGAUAUCUCCGUGGAGGAGAUGACCGCGAAGGAAGGACUGUUGCUUUGGUGCCAACGCAAGACGGCACCGUACAAGAACGUCAACGUUCAAAACUUCCACCUGUCCUUCAAGGACGGUCUCGCGUUCUGCGCUCUUAUUCAUCGUCAUCGGCCCGACUUGAUCGACUACAACAAACUCAGCAAGGACAACCCGCUGGAGAACUUGAACACUGCCUUUGAUGUCGCUGAAAAGUAUCUCGACAUUCCUCGCAUGUUAGAUCCCGAUGAUAUGCGAAAUACGGCAAUGCCUGAUGAGAGGGCCGUGAUGACCUAUGUUUCUUCGUACUACCACUGUUUUAGCGGUGCUCAAAAGGCGGAGACAGCGGCCAACAGAAUCUGCAAGGUACUGAAGGUGAACCAAGAGAACGAGCGUCUCAUGGAGGAAUACGAACGUUUGGCUUCCGAUUUGCUCGAAUGGAUACGACGAACGCUACCGUGGCUCGCGAAUCGGCAGACUGACAAUUCCCUCGCCGGUUGCCAGAAGAAGCUGGAGGAGUACCGGACGUAUCGGCGUAAGCAUAAGCCGCCGCGUGUCGAACAGAAAGCCAAGCUGGAGACGAAUUUCAAUACUCUUCAGACGAAGCUAAGGCUGAGCAACAGACCGGCGUACAUGCCCACGGAAGGGAAAAUGGUGUCCGACAUAAAUAAAGCUUGGAGAAACCUGGAGUUAGCCGAGAAGACGUUCGAGGAUUGGUUGUUGUCCGAGAUGAUGCGUCUGGAGCGACUUGAACAUCUUGCGCAAAAAUUCAAACACAAGGCGGACGCUCACGAGGAUUGGACCGCCGGCAAGGAAGAGAUGCUCACGUCCCAACACUUCCGACAGUGCAAACUGAACGAACUCAAGGCCUUAAAGAAGAAGCACGAGGCCUUCGAGUCAGAUCUCGCGGCUCAUCAAGAUCGCGUAGAGCAGAUCGCGGCUAUCGCUCAAGAGCUCAACACUCUUGAGUAUCACGAUAGUGCAUCGGUGAACGCAAGAUGCCAACGCAUUUGCGAUCAAUGGGAUCGCUUGGGUACGCUCACCCAACGUAGACGUCAAGCUCUCGACGAAGCCGAGAAAAUCCUGGAGAAGAUAGACGUCUUACAUCUGGAAUUUGCCAAACGCGCUGCUCCAUUCAACAAUUGGUUGGAUGGAACCAGAGAAGAUCUAGUGGACAUGUUUAUCGUCCACACAAUGGAGGAGAUCCAAGGUUUGAUGGACGCGCACGCUGCGUUCAAAGCUACCCUCGGCGAAGCGGAUAAGGAGUACAAUUCGAUUGUGGGAUUGGUGCGCGAAGUCGAAUCCAUAGUUAAGCAAUAUCAGAUUCCUGGCGGCCUAGAGAAUCCUUACACUGCUCUCACUGCAAUGGACCUUACUAAGAAAUGGAGCGACGUUAGACAAUUAGUCCCUCAACGCGACGGUACCCUGGCCGCUGAACUUCGCAAACAACAAAAUAAUGAGCUGCUUAGACGACAGUUCGCUGAAAAAGCCAAUGUUGUCGGACCAUGGAUAGAACGCCAAUUGGACGCCGUCACCGCGAUUGGUCUCGGCCUUCAGGGAACUCUCGAGGAUCAGUUACAUCGUCUGAAGGAGUACGAACAGGCGGUGUAUCAGUACAAGGCUCAUCUCGAGGAAUUGGAGAAGAUCCACCAAGCGGUUCAGGAAGGCAUGAUCUUCGAGAAUCGCUACACCCAGUAUACCAUGGAAACGCUGCGCGUCGGUUGGGAACAGCUUCUGACCUCGAUCAAUCGCAACGUUAACGAAGUCGAAAAUCAAAUUCUUACCAGAGAUUCGAAGGGCAUCACCCAGGAGCAGCUGAAUGAAUUCCGAAGCAGUUUCAACCACUUCGACAAGAACAGGACAGGCAGAUUGGCACCGGAUGAGUUUAAAUCCUGCCUUGUAUCUCUGGGAUACUCUAUUGGAAAGGAUAGGCAGGGUGACAUUGACUUCCAACGAAUCCUGGCCAUCGUCGAUCCCAACAAUUCGGGCUAUGUACACUUUGACGCCUUCCUAGACUUCAUGACGCGCGAGUCCACCGAUACUGACACGGCGGAACAGGUCAUCGACAGUUUCCGCAUUCUCGCUGGCGACAAGCCUUACAUCUUGCCAGACGAAUUGAGGAGAGAAUUACCACCGGAUCAGGCGGAAUACUGUAUUCAGCGAAUGCCUCCGUUCAAAGGACCGAGCGCUGUGCCUGGGGCAUUGGACUACCGCUCCUUCUCAACGGCUUUAUACGGCGAAUCUGAUCUGUAGACGAACGUAAUGAUGUAAAAAUCGAUAUUAUUCAAUACGAAAUGAUAUCGAGAAGAAGACGAAGAAAACAAACAGAUCAGGUAUUCGUCAAUUGACAGGUGAACAAUGCCUAAAAAUUUCUCCUACUAUUUUAGUACUCUAACGCAUCAACGUAUUUUCAUGUGGCGAUACGUUUUACAAGAAAAAAAAACGGAACUAAAUGUGAGAGAGUACAAUACGUACAAUAAUAUCGGCCAUCACGUUGAAUAUUAAUAAUUGUACGUGCGCAUAUAUACUCGAGAUUGUUUGGAAUGUCCGGGGCUGGUAAGAAAGCAGGCGAUGUCAUUUUAACGCAAAGGGAUCUAAGUGUGUCAAAAUAGGUAUUAACUAAGGACAUCUCUUCCACACGAAUGGAAAUCACAUAUCAAAUAUACGUACAGGGAAAGAAGAUUGCGUAGCUUUUAUAUAAGUCUGUUAUCGCGACAAUAAUGAAUAUCAAAUAUGAGUAUAUUUGGAUACCUUUCGUUAAAAGGAUAGGAAACAUGAGUGCGAACUCGAAAUUCGAAAUUAAUGUACUCUUCUAAGAACGUUUUGCUACAUGCUUACUCUUCUAUUCUUUCAUGUAGCCUAUGCUGGAACGAGACAAUUUGAAUUUCAUUCUUUCAUUUUUCUUUUUUGGGAAUGUAAGUGCCAAUGAUAGAUAAGAUCUUCUACAAUUCCUCUCUUCGAAUUGGAAAUGUAUUGCAUCUGAGACCAUACUUGAGUCUGGUAAUUAUGGUAAAAAGGAGAAGCCCACAUAAUUGGAUAUACAUAUGUAGUUGGUGAGUGCAUUGAUACUACAGGCUCUCCGAAUUUUUACUAGAAUAGUGCUAUUUUCUACUAGUACUAUUUUCUCGCUCUUUAUACAUAUAUACAUAUAUAUACUAGUAUCGAAAAAUUUAACUUUUUCUAAAGUUCUAUAUCCUACAUUUUGUAUAUGAUUAUACAGCGGAAGAAAUAUAUACAUAUAUUUUUAGA